AUGGUCAUCUGCGGCGAGGGGAAGCAGCUUGGAAGCUGGAACCCAUACACAGCGCCUGCGCUAAAGUACGUGGGCCCGUCAGGCGACAAAGAGGUGUGGGCACUGCCCGGAGUGCUGGCAGAGGUCACGCCAGGCAUGCCCUUUAAGUUCGUCUGCCUGGGCCACAACGGCAUCCCGAGAUGGGAGGAAAAUCGCCCGAACCGGUUCUGGUCCGGCGAGGAGGCUUCCUACCUGUUUGACCUUCCAUCGCCCAGGAAGGCGAAGGGUGAGGGCCAGGAGCUGGAUGUGGUCUGGGGCGACAACUGGCUGGUAGACAUCGACCCUCUUGAGUUUCCUGGUGCUAUCUUUCACGCUUUCAACUGGAAGUUUGCGGAUGUUCAGAAGAAGGCCGCAAUGAUCGCUGCGCUGGGUUUCGAUGCUGUGCAGCUGAGCCCAGCGCAGAAGAGCAUCCCAGGAGAUCAGUGGUGGACCCGCUACCAGCCUGUGAAGUACGAGGAGGUUCAUGGUCUCGGUAACGAGCAGGAGCUCCGGAACUGCUGCAAAGCCUGUGAAAAGGUUGGCCUUCUGGUUUUUGGGGAUUUGGUCUUCAACCACAUGCAGGUAGUUGCUAGCUGCGACGAGUGGCGCAAGGCGCAGCAGGACGCGGGCCUCCUGGAGAUUCUCCAGCGCAGGCUCUCGCAGAAGUUGGGCCCCACCUUCUCCAGGGAUGACUUCGAGUGGCCGUGGUAUCCUCUGGAGGGCGAGGACUGGGAUGGCCCUAAGCGCAUGGAGGGCUGGGGCUGCGGCGAGUGGUCCGAGCUCAAGGGCGGCUCAGCGAAGGUCGUCUCCGUGCACUCGGCCCACAUGGAGAAGCUGAAAAACUGUGGGGUGUCUGGCUUCCGCUUCGAUGCGGCGAAGCACAUGCGGCCCGAGCACAUAAGCCACUACGUGGACAAGGCCGACGUGUACGCGUAUGGCGAGGUGCUGAGCAUCGACCCGGCCAUGCAGCGGGAGUACACGGAUGGUGUGUCUUUGACGACGGGCGAGCAGUUCCCAACCACGGACUUCCUCCUGGGGGCCUGGCUUCGGAGAUUUAUCGAGGUUGGGCCCCACGCCGUGGACUUCGAGCACCACGACUGGGUGAAGCACUUGAUUGAUGUGGAGAUGAAGAGACCGUCGGAGCUGCCGGAGAAGCUCGGAACGGUGGAAAAGGGGCAGAUGUCAGCCCCUGUGCUGUCGCGGAACUCGAUCCGGUUUGCCCGGAAUCAUGACACUGUCUACAACGAUGUUCCGUUCUACGGCCUUGGGGGAUGGAGCCAGGGCAGCGCCCAAGUGGCCGCAGCCUGGCUACUGGCAGCCCAUGACGGAUCCAUCCUCCUCCUUGCUGAGGAUGUCAAAAGGUCAAUGAUGAUCAAGGAGGCGCUGGCCUAUCGGAAGGCCUUGCGCGGAGUGAUCGAGGGCCUGGCUCCCGAGCAGAGACAGACCAUCCGGACAGAGAUCAGGGUCAUGGAGUCAGAGGAGGGCGGUCGGCCGCUGACGAUCUGUGUGGCCUGCCGUGUGGACGCAGGCCCUGAAAACAGAUAG